ACCUCCUCACUACCUCCCUCCCUCUUCCCUUCCCUUCCUCCGGCCGCGCGCCCCCUCCUCCCGCCUCCUCCUCCAUCCUUCCCCUACCCGGUUUGUGGGCCCCUCCCGCUGCGACUGACUGGGAGGCUUGGCCGCCCUCGCCCCGAGAGGGAGGCGGGGGCGCAAGCCGCGGCGGCCACCCGAGGCUGCAGAGGGGGACGAGAUCCGAGGCCCCGAGGCGGCCCUGCAUCUGGACCAGGCACGCGGGGGCUGCCUCUGCACCCCGGCCGAGGGCCGCGGGGCCUGGCCUCGCCGUGGGGUGGAGAGGGUCUCUCUGUACAUGGCAUCUAUCUAAUUAUUCAGUCGUCUAGCUCAAGAUUUUACAUGGCAGCUGGAUCCCAAGAAGAAGUAUUCUAAAAGGAUAAGCCCUAAGCCUCCUGGCCCCUGGCUGCGGGCACCCUGAGCCUUCCAGAUCCUGCAGGGGGUCUCGCCCACAGCGCCCCAUGAGUGCACCCGGCUGAGUGGCGGGGGCGGCCGCGGUGGAGCCCGGGCGCCGCGGGGGCAGCGGGGCCAUGGCCUCGCUGGACCUGCCUUACCGCUGCCCCCGCUGCGGGGAGCACAAGCGCUUCCGGAGCCUGUCGUCACUGCGCGCGCACCUGGAGUACAGCCACACCUACGAGACGCUCUACAUUCUCUCCAAGACCAACAGCAUCUGCGACGGCGCUGCUGCUGCGGCCGCCGCCGCGGCCGCCUCAGGCUUCCCGCUGGCGCCAGAGCCCGCCGCCCUGCUGGCCGUGCCCGGCGCCCGGCGCGAGGUCUUCGAGAGCACGUCCUUCCAGGGCAAGGAGCAGGCAGCCGGGCCAUCUCCCGCCACUCCCCACCUGCUGCACCACCACCACCACCACGCGCCCCUCGCUCACUUCCCCAGCGACCUAGUGCCCGCCAGCCUGCCCUGCGAGGAGCUGGCCGAGCCGGGCCUCGUGCCCGCUGCUGCCGCGCGCUACGCGCUGCGCGAGAUCGAGAUCCCGCUGGGGGAGCUGUUCGCCCGCAAGUCCGUGGCCUCCUCGGCGUGCUCGACGCCCCCGCCUGGCCCAGGCCCCGGGCCUUGCCCCGGGCCCGCGUCGGCCUCACCUGCGUCUCCCUCGCCCGCUGAUGUGGCUUACGAGGAGGGCCUGGCGCGCCUCAAGAUCCGUGCGCUGGAGAAGCUGGAGGUGGACCGGAGGCUGGAGCGGCUGAGUGAGGAGGUGGAGCAGAAGAUCGCGGGCCAGGUGGGCCGGCUGCAGGCCGAGCUGGAGCGCAAGGCGGCGGAGCUGGAGACGGCGAGGCAGGAGAGCGCGCGGCUGGGGCGCGAGAAGGAGGAGCUGGAGGAGCGUGCGUCUGAGCUCUCGCGCCAGGUGGACGUGAGUGUGGAGCUGCUGGCCUCGCUCAAGCAGGACCUGGUGCACAAGGAACAGGAGCUGAGCCGCAAGCAGCAGGAGGUGGUGCAGAUCGAUCAGUUCCUGAAGGAGACGGCGGCCCGGGAAGCCAGCGCCAAGCUGCGACUACAGCAGUUCAUUGAGGAGCUCCUUGAGCGGGCUGAUCGUGCUGAACGGCAGCUCCAGGUCAUCAGCAGCAGCUGUGGCAGCACACCAAGUGCCAGCCUGGGCCGUGGAGCUGGGGGAAGUGGCGCAGGGCCCGGGACCCGGGGACCAGGCAGAUUGCGAGAACACCACGCAGGCCCGGCCAUGCCUAGCACAUAUGCGGUGUCACGGCAUGGCUCCUCUCCCAGCACAGGGGCCUCUAGCCGUGUCCCAGCUGCAUCCCAGAGCUCAGGAUGCUAUGACAGUGACAGUCUGGAGUUGCCCCGGCCAGAAGAGGGGGCCCCAGAGGACAGUGGCCCUGGGGGCUUGGGCACACGGGCCCAGGCUGCCAAUGGUGGCUCAGAGAGGUCCCAGGCCCCUCGAAGCUCAGGCCUGCGGCGCCAGGCCAUCCAGAACUGGCAGCGCAGACCCCGCCGACACAGCACAGAGGGGGAGGAAGGUGACGUCUCGGAUGUGGGCUCCCGAACCACCGAGUCAGAGGCUGAGGGCCCCUCAGACACCCCCCGCCCUGGGCCUGCUAUGGCUGGGCCAUUGAGCAGCUGCCGGCUUUCAGCCCGCUCUGAGGGAGGCAGUGCACGGGGUCGGCGAGCAGAGAGGGGCAGUCCCUCACGCUCCAAUGAGGUCAUCAGCCCAGAGAUCCUCAAGAUGCGAGCCGCCCUGUUCUGCAUCUUCACCUACUUGGACACACGCACACUGCUGCAUGCCGCCGAGGUCUGCCGGGACUGGCGCUUCGUGGCCCGCCACCCGGCCGUCUGGACACGGGUGCUGCUCGAGAAUGCCCGUGUCUGUUCCAAGUUCCUGACCAUGCUGGCUCAGUGGUGCACCCAGGCCCACUCGCUGACAUUGCAGAACCUGAAACCCCGGCAGCGGGGCAAGAAGGAGAGCAAGGAGGAAUACGCCCGGAGCACCCGGGGCUGCCUGGAAGCAGGGCUGGAGUCCCUGCUGAAGGCUGCAGGGGGCAAUCUGCUGAUCCUGCGCAUUUCUCACUGUCCUAACAUCCUCACCGACCGUUCGCUCUGGCUGGCCAGCUGCUACUGCCGCGCCCUACAGGCUGUCACCUACAGGAGCGCCACAGACCCGGUGGGCCACGAGGUCAUUUGGGCCCUCGGUGCAGGCUGCAGAGAGAUUGUCUCCCUCCAGGUGGCGCCACUUCACCCCUGCCAGCAGCCCACACGCUUCAGUAACCGCUGCCUGCAGAUGAUCGGUCGCUGUUGGCCCCACCUCCGGGCCCUGGGGGUUGGGGGUGCCGGCUGUGGGGUACAGGGCCUGGCAUCACUCGCGAGAAACUGCAUGCGGCUGCAGGUCCUGGAGCUGGACCACGUGUCAGAGAUCACCCAGGAGGUGGCGGCUGAGGUCUGCCGAGAAGGCCUGAAGGGAUUAGAGAUGCUGGUGCUCACAGCCACCCCUGUCACCCCCAAGGCCCUACUUCAUUUCAACAGCAUUUGCCGGAACCUCAAGUCCAUUGUGGUCCAGAUUGGGAUUGCCGAUUAUUUUAAAGAGCCCAGCAGUCCUGAGGCCCAGAAGCUGUUUGAGGACAUGGUGACAAAACUCCAGGCCCUGCGACGGAGGCCCGGCUUCUCUAAGAUCCUGCACAUCAAGGUGGAAGGCAGCUGCUAACCCGGGUGGGGGGCGGCAGGGCCCCUGCCAGCCCCACACCAGGGCACUCUCUUUGGACCUCCAGAGGGACCCUGAUUUGGACUAGACUUUCAGAGGCCUAGUGUUAUCCCUGGCUUCCAGGGAGGGUCGACAGUUUCCUGUCCUCCUCCUGGGACAGUGGAGCAACAGGCUUGACCCUGGGCACUGCCUCUCCAGGGCAGGGGCUUGGACAGCAGCGGCCCCCCAACCCCCACCCCAGCCUCUGGGCACAGCCAGCUAGGAGCUGAGUCACCACCAGCACCUGGUAUCAUUGCCCCAAGGAUCUGCAAUAACCACCCAGUGGCUCCUUGGCUGCUCAGGCUGCUUGGGCAGAUAUCCCAGUCCUGGGGCCCACCUUCCCAGGCAGGGGCCUCUGCCAGGCUCCAGGCUAGAGGGUGCUCUGCAAGGCAGCUCAGACUUGGCAAGGAGGGCUCUUCUCUCUGCCCUGCCCUGUCCCAGCCCUCUAUGGGCAUUCCCUUCAGACUGCCCUCCUGGGCUCUGCGUCCACAUUCUCCAGGUUAACUCAGACAGGCCAAGGGGUCUGGGCAUGUGGUCAGUUCAAGGUAGGGGGCAGGGGUACAGUGAGGUAGUGAGAGCGGGCUUGAAACGGCAAAAUAGUCACCCAGAACUCCCCAGGACAUCGAGACCAUCCUUCCCAAAGGGGGAAAUUGCCAGGAACAGAAAGAAGUGUUUAUUGCUGUAGAAAAGACAAGACCCCUCCUCCCAGCCAUCACAUACCCCAUGACACACCAGAGCUAAAUUCCAAGCUAAAAGAUGCAUGUUUCCAUACCUAUCCGCAAUCCCAAACCUCUGGAGGUGCGAGGCCCCUGCCCUGGGAAACCCUGUCACCUGUGAGAAGCUGUACCUGUCCUCAAGGGAUGCCCUUCUCGUCCAGGUGCUUGGGCAGUACUCUGAUGACCUCUGGGUCCCCAAGGCUAUGUGGGAGGGAGGCACUGGACUGCCCUCUGUGCUGGGAUCUAGGGGAGAUGGGAGGAGUGUGGUUUGGCUCCCUUCCUCAUCUGGCUAGCUUGCUUGAAGAUGUGGCCCUGGUAGGGAGCUAGGCCCGUGGGGCCAAGAACGAGGAAGAAGACCUUCAUUGGAUUUGUCCUCCUCCUUGGUCUUCACUGGCCUCAUGGGCUGAAGGCUCUCCUGGGGGUCUUCUACAUGGGGGCAGUCCUGGGGCGCAAACCAGAGCUGCUUGGCUUAGAAGCUACAGAAUGCAAGUGGGGGUUUUCACUGACCUUUACAUGGUCCCCACGGGACCAGGUCCCAGCACUAAGGCUCUAAAGACUCAGGUCUCCCCAGUUCUUCCUCAGAACUCCCACAGUGGCUCAGAGGUCGUGGGUCCUGCCAAUCUUCACUUGGAAAGUUCUUUCAAAUGUUCACCUAGAUCCAUCCUAGGGUUUCCUUCUCUCCUGCACAGGACUGGCUCUCUGCUCUAACCACUGGCCCUGACAGGGACUGGGCUCCUCUAGUUUCUCAGUCCUUUCCAGGGACCCAACUUUCGGCCACAACUAGGCUUGGACAUCAAGACCCAGCCUGGGUUACGCUUGCCGAGUCCUCCAGAGCUGGGUUCCAGGCUCAGCAGUGCACGCAAUUUCUCUGGCUUUACAUGCAGCCGUCGGCUUUUCAUUGUUGAUGACUUCCUCUCAUAGCGUGUUCUGGCCCUGCCCUUUGAAGACCCCAAAUACCAAGGGUGUCAUGUUGGCAACUCCCCGUCUGAUCCUGCACAAAGCCUUGGCUGAGUGGCAUCCCCACCCCAGAGCAGCUAGCUGGCUCCAUUGACUCCCCACUCCCUAGCCCUGUCCCCAGGAGUCACAGGAAGGAGAAGCACAACUUUUUGGGCCUGGAAGGGAAGUGGAGGUCCACUCAGGGCCUGGCUGCCCUGGGUGCAUCAGUCCUACCUUCCAACUGCACCCUCUAUAGCCCUGCUCCCCCUGACCCCAGGACCAGAGGUGCUGCCCUCCCUGUCUCCUGGACAAAGCACAAAGGGAUGCCCUGCAUGGCCAAAGCCCCUGCCCUACUGAGGGACUUUUUCUGCCCCAGGAAGCCUCCAUCCCCUGGGCAGUCUUUCCUUGGGUGGGUGCCUACUGGAAUGCCCAGCAUCAGCCCUGGGAAAGGAAGUCGGUGCAUGGGCAGUGAGCUAGAGUGGGAGAAAAGGUGCUGAAUUUGAAAGCACUGAUGCCAGUACUAGGUUCAUGCACUCAUUCAUUUGUGCAGCAGCCCUGAGCGCCACCAGCACUGCGGGCAGCAGAUUGAACAGGACUCCCUCUCCUACUGGUGGGAAGUUUGACUCACAGGUUUGGCUGUUUCCAGGAAACCCAAGUGCCCCACCCUGUAUUUUCCGGCUGGCCAAGUGUGCGAAGGAUGUGUGGGGGUGCACAGCACUCAGGUCCAAGCCUCUGCCAAUGGGGGCAUGGGUCACAGCACGUCCCAUUGCACCUCUGCACCUGGGGCUGGCACACUUGCGUGGCCUGGCCAUCAUGCCUGCCCCAGGAACUGGCAAGUUAGCAGGCUCCCACCCCUACCAACUCGAUGCAAAUUUUUGCCUCUCAUGGGGAUGAGGUCCUCUACUGAGGAGGGGUAGCUUUUGUAGGCUGGGUUGCUACAUGUGUUCUCUUCUUUGGCAACCAUCAACUAGGGCUGAGGAUGGGGAACAGGGAUGGAGGGUCCUGCCAUCCCUGGAAGUACCUCAUCCUUCACUCACCCAAAGGAGAGCCCUCCUCCAUAUCUCACACCUAAUGAUGCAAGGAGCAAUGUCAGAGAGCUAACCAAGGCAGGCCUUGCUCCAGGGGCCGCUGGCAUGUGCAGAGGUCCAAUGGGUGGUAGCCACUUAGUGUCCCUAACCUCUCCCUUCCAUACAGCCCAGCCCCAGCACCUGGGGCCAUCAGUGUACCUGGCUUGCGUACUUCAUCAUUUGGGCUGCCGAACAGCACUGGCAGGGAAGGGAGAUGCUGUGUAUGUCUGCAGCCCUGAGGGAGAGAGAGUGGGCUGCCCAGAACCAUGGCUUUUCAUUGGCCAGGAGAAACCACCUAAGGGCCAAGGCAGCUCAUGUUUUCCUAGUCCCAUGAGAAUAAUUUAAGCCAGCCAGCCCCUUAGGAAUUGCUUCCCCACCCCCCACCCCAAAAAAAACAAAAAAGCCACCUCCUUCCCCAAGGCCUGCUGCUCCAAGGUUUGGCUCCAUGCUUUGCCUUUGGGUUCUGUGCCGCUGGUCCUGGUCUCUAGUCUUCUGGGCCAUAAGUAGGGAGCUACCUAGGCCCCAGUCCCUCUAAGGCGCUAAGUUGAAGACCUUUCCAGGGUGACUAUUGGUGCCAAAGACCCAGUUCCUAGAGGACUUGGGGUGAUAACAGUAAAGGUGGUGAGUGGGUGCAGGGCCCGAGUGCCCAGAGAAGUUAAACUGAUGGAUGUGUCCCAGCCUGUCAGUCGAUGUGUGACUUCCCUCCCCGAGGGGCCUGACAUGUCUCUUCAGCCCUACUGGCCAUGCUUUCUCGCCCAGCAAUGUCCCAGGCCUGCAUUUCUGUAUAUAUUGCUGUGUUACUGUGUGUAUGUAUUUAUUCCUGGAUAAGUGUGUUCAUCUGCAGCCCUUGCCUGAGGAUAAGUGGUAGGACUGGGUGAAGAUCAGAAUACCAGGGCUGACUAAGGCAACCAGCCCCUAUUCCCUCCCCAACCCCUUGGGACCCUGGCCAGUCCCAAGGCUGCCCUGACAAUCAGGCAGGCUCCCCAGCCUCGGCUCUGCCCUGGCAGAGGUCUUGCACUCAGGUGCAGAGGCCUGAGGUGACCUAGGCCUGCCUUGUGGCUGGUGCCAGUAGGCUUGGCUCUAGUGGGCACUGCCAGUGGGGACUUCCACAGCUGACCCCCCCAGGCCCUGCCUUCCCUGCACAGCCAGGCUGCAAUUGGCCUGGGCUGUGAGAGGAUAGCUUCCCCCACCCCAAGCACAUCAAGCAGAGGGGUGGAGAGCAUUUUUUGGUUUUGUUUCUGAAGUGGUGCCUGUACCUCCAGCCCCCAGGGGGCCUUCCCUGGCCCCACUUCUCUGCCCCAUCCAGGCAUCACCAUCCCAGCACUUUGCUCCAUGUCACCCAUAGAUGCCCUUCGCUGAAUGUACCUGAGUGUAUGUAUUUAAAAAAGGACUCACAUUGGGCAUCAGAGAAUUUAUGGCUUUGUAUCCAAUAAAAGAUGGUGAAACUGGAA